UUCUCGCUUACUCAGAAAAUGACAGGAAGUGUAAAAGGAAGGGAAGUUGCUUCUCGCUUUGUGUACGUGUUUUGAAAUGUUGCGGCCAGCCUCUUCUUAAAUUACGAACUCUAUCGUGAGAACAUCAAAAAGUCCAGCGACGGCUUCUCUGAUGGGCAGCGGCACGAGUGUGAAUGGAUGUGUUUGCUGAAAACUCGAGAGGGAAGAAGACACCACGAGCCACGAGUCAUGCCUGUGCCAGUGUGAACAAGUACCUGUGCCUGAGCGCGUGUGUGUGUGUGUGUUUGUGUGCGUGAUCUUAUGGUACAACCAUGGCAAGAGCAGCACUUACUAAACUUCUUCUCCUCGUGAUUCUUGCCUUCAUCAUCUGCCUCCCGGAAUUUUUCACAUUUUACCAAGUAACAAAAGUGAACUUCUUCUGCCUUCCCUACCGACCCUGCGAACAAGGAAAUCGGGUGAAAGAGGGAGAAAAUGGAAAGGCUGGAAAUGAUGACGCUAAGAGAGGCCAUAUGUGUGACCCAUCUCAGACUCCAGAUCAGGAAAAAUGGGAGCAAGCGUGCAUACGAGAAGAUCAAAGCAAUACAACAGAUUCGGCUUCAGACGUCAGGCGAGGCAGAGAUGAUCCAAAAGCGAGGUGGUUCAUGUGUGAGACAGACAUGGAAAUGGCAGAAGUACACAGAAAUAUCUCAACUUCAGCUUACGAGUCACAUCUGGAGGUGUCAGCCGAGCUUCAUCUGCCCAACGCAGAGACCCUGAAUCUCACCUUGUACGGCCGCAGCAAUCACAGUUCCUUACACCUCUACCCACCUGAGGAGGAGGAGGAGGAGGAAAAUAAGGGUGGUGAUGAAGGACAGAGGAAGGCAUUCUACUGCUGUCUCCCUUUCCUGCCCAACUCUGAAUCGCCCAAUCAAAGCCGCUGUCUCCUUUGGUUCGCCAAUCAAACGGUUUGGAAUUCAACAGCAAAGGAAAAGCUGCCAUGGAAACGGACACAGAAAGAUGAGUGGCAGUGUGCGCUCAAAGUGGUCUGGCUGGCUCUGCUGUGUUUGGUGUUGCUGAGCAUAGUAACGAGUGUGAUCGGACAAAUCUACAAGAAAAGGCGUUUGUGCAGGAAGCCGAAGGUGCACCCUGAUGGCUUCAACUUAAUUACUCAGCAAUUAAAUGACGGUGCCAAAGAAACAGAAGUCAGCCCUCCUGAAGGGACAAACCUCCACUUAUACGGGUUUCAUACCUGGUCAGGGCUCUCACCAAUUAAAGAAGUUGACAGUCAAAAUGACAUAUCAAUGUUGAUGGAUGGAAAUGCUGACCACUGCUAUACUGGUUUUCUGCAUCAUCGCAGCCAUCCCUCCGUCAGCUCCAUCAAAGAUGAGCCUGCUCGAUGACAGGCGAGCAGCCGGAGGAAGCUGGAGGAAAACAGCCGCCUCAUUUACCAGCAUUACUAAUGGUGAAAAUAAAGAUAUCUGAACCACCUACAUGUGCUUGUGAACUUAUUUUCAGCAUGUCAUCUCGGAAGCUUUGUCUAUGUUAGCACUUUAUUAGAGGACAGUCUCUACACAUUAUUAAACUAUCAAAAGAUAAAUAAAUGGAUUGGCCCUCGAACAUUUUUCACCCUGAAAGAACUAAAUUGUUUUGUAUUCUGAGUCAGAUGCAUGGCUGAUAAACAGCCUUACCCCGUCUGGUUAUAGCUGAAAGGAGCCAAAACAUUUUGACAGCACUGACUAAUAUCUUGUUUGCUUAAUAGCUUUCCUUGCCAGCAUCCAUGUAUCUCUAAAACUGAAGAAGAAGCAGAGGGAGAGAAAUAUUUAUCCUUCAGAGAUCGAGGUAACUGUGGGCUAAGCGCUAUAAAGUAAUUCAUCUCAAAUUCUGUAGAGACGGCGGUUCAGAAGGAGGAGAAAAAUGUAGAGCAUAGUUGAGAUACAACACAUCUGACACAUCUCUGCGGUGAUGUGUGAGAUGAAACCGACAUGGUAUACAUUUCUGAAUGUUGGAACGCACGAUCGAAGGCUUUGUUCUGGAGUAAAAACAUGUAACCUAUGUGUGCAUGUAAGGCUGUCUUUGGGGUGUUUAAAGUGGAAUCACACAAAGUGUACAGCAGGUCGAACGCGAGUAACCACCUGGUUUUAUUUCACCAUAAAAACAUUAAAGGAGCCAAGCUCGCUCUGCCAGGAAGUAACUAACUCCAGAUAGCAGCACCUGCAAGGCUCAUGUCUUACUGUGAAUUUGCUCUUUUUGCAGUCAGUCGUACUCAACCAUCUGGAAAACAUCUGUAUUUGCAGCACAUUUUCAGAAUUAUUAAACCCAAUCGCUACUCUUUUACUUUUAUGGCGUAAGAGGGAGACAUGAAAAAUAUUUUAACUUAUGGGUCAUUCCACCUCAUAUCGCUCAUCACAUUUUUAGAUCAUUGUCUGCUCAACCACCUGUGUAUUGCUUGAAAAUCUAAUGGUUUAAACUUGGAUGACUAUAAUCUAGCUGUGAAGUUUCAGCCUCGUGUAUCAAAUACUUUUUUGGACAUGUUUUGUUUUUCUUUUCUGAGGCAAUGUUUCAACAUGAAUAUCUCAAAAAUGUCCAAGAUAAAAGCCUAAAACUUUCUCUGAUCUUUCUUUCUCCGUAAGAUAGAAUUAGGGUCUGUAAUUUGGAAACAAUGCUUAAAAAUGUCUGGGUGGAUUGAGCAAACACAACAAGUUGCACACUAGAGACGUCAGCUCAUAAUUUAAUAUGAAAGAACAAAUUUCAGGAGCUUCCAGAUGUAAGUCUUAUUAUAACGGAGAA